AUGGCGUUUUCUCCUCUCUCUCUCCUCCUCCGCCGCGUCAAAAACCUACCUUUACCCUCUCCUCCUACUCCGCUCCUCCUCCGCCCCCGCCCCCGCCCCUUCUCCUCCUCCUCCCCCGUCCGGCUCCCCGACCCCCCCGACGCCUCCGACCCCUCCAAACCCCCCUCCCUCUCCGCGCGCCUCUCCUUCGUCUUCGACCAGAUCGACGCCCUCGACCGCCGCCGCCGCGAUCUCUCCGCACGGGACGACGCCCUCCACCGCAUCCGCUCAUGGCGCCGCCCCAACCCGCCCCUCCCCGACGAGAACAACGACGUGGUCGAGGCUAAGAGGACGAAGGACGAAGCGGAGGAUGAGGAGGUGGAGGUGGCCGGAAAUGGCGGCAACGAGGAGGACGAGACCAUGAGGGACGUUCUCAGGAAAGAGGUGGAGCUGGUGCAUCCGUGGCCCGAGUGGAUCGAGCUCAUGGAGCGCCUCGCCCAGCAGAAAUACUUUGACCUCCGCCGCGACAGCGGCGGUGGCGACGACGAAGCCCUAGUCGCUGCCAACGUGCCCAUCGACCUCUCGGAGGUUAAAGACGAAGUAGGGUUCGAUUUCUCGAGGGAUUGGACCACCGUGCGCAACGCGUGCAUGAACUUUGGCCGCGACCGCUUCGACAUUUUGAAGUCUCUGUCGAGGAAAGAUCUUCAACUUCUGGUUGGUCACGGUUGUCCGAGCACGGAUCCGAAGGUGGUUUUCUCAGCAAAGUUGUUGAGAAAGCUUGUCCAUCUUGAUGAGGGAGAUGUAUGCAGUUCUUGCAGUUUAAGAAAUUCCUGUAGCAGAGGUUAUAUCCUCACACGUAAAGAGGACGAGGCUCGAACUCUUGAUGUCAUGCGCGUGUUGCUGACGUUUGGUUUCGAUCACAUAAAUGGGGCAGUCGAAAACAAGCUGCUUACAAAAAUGAAGUCCGUGAAAACUGUUGUUAGGAAAUUAAUACAUGAGAUUGUCAAGUUGAGUGCAGUCCCAAUUGAUCCGAAUCUGCCACCGCCCGUUAUUAAGAAGCCUCCUCCUAAAGUAAAGCAGCCGCCUCCACCUCCGAGAAAACGAGUAGGGCGUGAUGAUGUGGAAAUGAAGAAAGGAGAUUGGCUUUGCCCCAAGUGUGACUUCAUGAACUUUGCGAAGAACACUGUUUGCUUGCAAUGCGAUGCGAAACGUCCCAAGAGGCAACUCCUCCCAGGUGAAUGGGAGUGCCCUCGGUGCAACUUCUUGAAUUAUAGGAGAAAUAUGGCAUGCUUUCAUUGCGAGCACAAGCGCCCACCUGACGAGUACACCGAGAACCAAAUGGAAGAAAGGCAAUCUGGCCCAAGGAUGAGAAGAGAAGGAACUCGUAGGGUUUCCGACGUUUCCAAUGCUUGGAACUUUGAUUUCGACGACAAUGAAUCGGACGGUGCAGAUGUUGCGGCCUUUGAGUUUGCCGAUUCUCAUAAAGUAACUGACAACUCUUCUGCGAACACCAAGUCCUAUAGAGGAAUUGCUGGAGAAUUCGAAGAUGAAGAGGGCAGCAGAAAUUUCUCAAAAACAGAUGAAAGAAAACCUAAUUCACGUUCUCAGAGACAGGGAUUCGAUGAUUUUGAUGAUGAAGAUGAUGACAUCGAUAACUAUGAGCUUGAUAUGUCGAAAAAUAAUGAAUCAGGUGGAGUAUCGAUGAAGAACUUCUCUGAGCUAGAGAUGACCUCUGAUUCAGAGGAUUUUGCUGACUUUGGCCGGACAAGAAAUUCCAAGAAAAGUGCGAUUGAAGAUUAUGUAACAGAAUCAGAUGCUGAUGAUCGGGCGAAUCACCCCUAUUGGAGAUCUAGUGAACGUGCAGAUUCUCGACAAAGAAGCGGAGGUAGGACGAAAGAUCUUAUUUCUGAUUCUGAUGACGAUACAGAUGAGGAUUUUAGAUCUAAACGAGGAAUUGAAUUAGAGUCCGAUGAUGAUUACCACUCAGAUACAACUAGGUUCAAGUCGAGAGGACGUAAUUCGGGCUCAGAUACAACUAGGUUCAAGUCGAGAGGACGUAAUUCGGGUUCGACAGGUUUGAGUAGAUCAAAUAAGAGCGCGAACAAGAGCUCUUUUACUAAUCGCGGCGAUGAUUGGACUGCAAGAGAUUCACGCAGGUAUGAUCGAGGUGCUCGCGGAGAUGGUUAUAAUGGAUUGAGAGGGAAUCGGGGAUCAAAAUUUUCUCCAAGGGAUAAAAGAGGUCCAAGGAGAGAUGAGUACGGCGGUCAGAGAAACAAUCGGGACGAAUUUAAGAAUAGGCAAUCAGAACGAAAUAAUUAUUUUACUGAUCGAUCUAGUAGUUUGGAUUAUGAUGAUGAUAGACCACGCAGGCGCAUAAUCGAGAGAUAGGAAAAAAAAAAAUAAAAGAAAAGUAUGGAAUCAAUCUUCUUGUGGGAUGUCGGCAAGUUUUGAUAACAAGAAGCUCUUGUGAAGUCUUUGCUUGUUAAAAUAUGAUACAAGUUAAAAUGAUUACAUGGGGAUGUUCAUUUAUCGUAUCGGUUUUGAAACUUCAGGAAUCGGUCUCAGCUGCUGUGACCAAACAGCUUUCCCUUGCACUCUUCUUUCCUUUGCUGCUGGAGUGACAAACCAUGCGAAGUUCUCACAGAGCUCAAAAGAAAACCUUCAUUUUGCCGACUCGUGUAAAAUAAUCGCUUCUUCCGGAAGCUGGAAAACAGUUUUGCGAAUUGAUUAUGCCGAGCAGUCUCUGGCAUAAUAUGCAAAGUUGUUAUAAUUAUUUCCGUUCCUUUCUGUAUUCUUUAGUUCGCUUUGUAAACGAUCUAGGCGAUUUCUAGAUGUCUACUUUAAACACUUGAUUUGCAAGCAAAAUUAGUGCUUAAAUUUCUUUGGCAUGGGUUUUUAGGGAGGUCUCUUUGAUGUUUAUAUAGAUAUAUUGUUGUAACAGCAUUGGAGCUGAAAAAAGUUGAAUGUCUUCCCUAUUUCUAAUAAAUUCGUUAGCAAAUGCCUCUAAUAUGCAUA